AUGGCUCCUAACGUCGGAGGUGCCAAGGGAGGCGCAAAGGGAGGCGCAAAAGGAGGCGCCAAAGGAGGUGCAAAGGGAGGCAAGUCUGCCAGUCUGGCGGCUGCCUCGCGCGUCAGCAAAUCGAAAGAUGGUCCCAAGCGUCCCCCCGCCAAGGAACAGAAGACCAAGUCCCGGACUGCCAACGAAAACCUGAAGAGAAAGAAGAAGAGAGUAUACACCGAGAAGGAGCUGGAUCUGCCCGAGUUGAACCAAAUCACACCCGUUGGAGUGAUCAAGCCCAAGGGCAAGAAGAAGGGCAAGACUUUCGUCGAUGAUGCGGAGGGCAUGAUGACAAUUCUCGCCAUCGUGAACGCCGAGAAGGAAGGCCAGAUCGAGUCCAAGAUGAUGAAGGCUCGUCAAUUAGAAGAAAUCCACGAGGCAAAGAGGGCCGAGGCCGAGGCCCGCAUGAAGGACAGGAAGAACAAGUUCGACGAUGUCAAGGAUUCCAUUCGUCAAAAGAAGAAGGGCAGGGGUGACAAGUCCGGGGAGCCAACGAGUAUCAAGGAUAGUAUCUCGAAGCCCGGGCGAUCAAAGAAGAAGACCGUUGCAUUUGCUUAA